AUGGCUGCUAGGGAUCUGGCCGGGAGCUUCCAGGAUGAGGCGACGUGUCCCAUCUGCCUGGAGUAUUUCACAGACCCGGUGUCUAUUGAGUGUGGGCACAACUUCUGCCGGGCCUGCCUCAGCCUGUGCUGGGGGGAGUCGGAGACCAACUUCUCCUGCCCCCAGUGCAGGGAGACCAUCCUGCAGAGACACCUGCGGCCCAACCGCCAGCUGGGGAACUUGGUGGAGCUGGUGAAACGCCUGCGGCUCCCGGCGGGCCCAGCGCCCGAGGGGCAGCCAGGGUGCGAGAGGCACCAGGAGGCCCUGAAGCUCUUCUGCCAGGAGGAUCAAGCCCCCAUCUGUGUGAUCUGCAGAGAGUCCCGGGAGCACCGCGCCCACUCGGCAGUGCCCAUCGAGGAGGCUGCCCAGGAGUACAAGGAGAAACUCCAGGGGGCCCUGGGUCCACUGAGGAAGCAGCUGGAGGAGGCCCGGGCGCUGACGUCUAAAGAAAAGGAGAAAAUCAGGGAGUGGCAGAGGAAAGUGCAGGCAAAGCGGGAGAUGAUUGCUGCUGAAUUUAACAAGCUGCACAU